AUGGCUAUAUGGCAAGAAUUAAAGUUGUGUUGGGAGAAUGGUUACCGUAAAGUUCUCUGUUGCUCGGAUUCGUUGCUCGCAGUUAAUUUAAUCAAGCAAGGGGUCACAUCGCAUCACCGUUUUGCUAAUGAGAUUCAUAUUAUUCGGAGGAUGCUAGAAAAUGACUGGGAGGUGGUUAUUACUCACACGCUGCGUGAGGGAAAUACUUGUGCGGAUGUUUUGGCAAAAAUGGGUGCUAUGGUGAAGAUCUCUACUCCGCCUAGUGAUCUGUUGAGACCUCUUUUGGAAGAUGCUUGGGGUGUAGAGUUUAUUAUGGAGUAA